GCACGCCUCCCUGAACCCAUGGUCAGUCUCACAAUUGGAGGCAAGCCUAUUCCCUUCCUUGUAGACACUGGGGCUACCCGAUCCGUCAUAACCAAACCCUUGGCCCAGCCCUCCUCGCAUACCAUCACGGUCCAGGGGGCGACAGGCCAGCCAAUCAAACGCCCAUUCCUCAACCCCCUAAUUUGUCACACGGGGGGUAAAACUAUAACUCAUCAAUUUGUUUACAUGCCUGAGUGCCCUCUUCCCCUUAUGGGGCGAGACUUGUUGAGUAAAUUAAGGGCUCAGAUUUCUUUUGAGCCGGACGGUUCUACUUCUUUGACAUAUGGCAAGGUCUCUGUGGAGGUCCCCCAGGAGGAAGCAUGGCGCUUAAUGGCUGUACAUGAAAUCGUAGCAAACUCCGGUUGGGAGGAUUUUAAUGUCCCUUCCUUGUGGGCUGAGGACAACCCCCCUGGGUUUGCUCGCCAUCAGACGCCCAUUAUUGUUGAGGAGCUCCCUGCCAAACAUCCAAUUCGCCUUCGUCAAUGGGCUUACCCUAGACACAUUAUGCAAGCUAUACAGGGAGUAAUUGAUCUCUAUCUGGCACAUGACAUUCUGGUCCCUACUGAAUCGGCCUGGAACACCCCGAUCUUACCUAUUCCUAAGGGGGAUGGCCGUUUCCGUCCGGUUCAAAAUUUGAAGCCAGUAAAUGCCGCUACAGUGACUAUUCAUCCUUUGGUCCCAAAUCCGUACGUUAUUCUGGGCUUGAUUCCCCAGACUGCGUCAUGGUUUUCGGUCAUAGACCUUAAGGAUGCAUUCUUUACCAUCCCAGUCCAUAAAAAGAGUCAGCAUCUCUUUGCUUUUGAGUGGGAAAAUCUGGCUACUGGUCGUAAACAGCAGUAUACUUGGACCAGGUUGCCUCAAGGUUAUAAGAACUCCCCCACUCUGUUUGGGAAUGCCCUCGCAGCUGAUUUGGAAGCUUUGAACCUCCCCAAGCCGGAGGUCUUGUUGCAGUAUGUUGAUGACCUGCUGGUCACUGGCCAGACAAAGGACAUAUGCUGGCAAAACACUUAUGAUCUCCUACACCUUCUACAGCGACUGGGCUAUAAGGCUUCUCGGAAAAAGGCACAAUUGGUUUUGCAAAAAGUUAGAUGCUUGGGCUAUGAUAUUGAGCCUGGAAAACGCACCUUGGGUCAUGAAAGAAAGGAAGCUAUUUGCCGCCUCCCCACCCCACGGACCAAAAAGGAACUCCGGGGGUUUCUGGGGGCUGCUGGGUUUUGCCGUAUUUGGAUUCCUAACUUUAGCCUCCUUGCAAAACCCCUAUAUGAGGCUACCAGAGGCAGUGACCGAGAGCCGCUCCUCUGGCGAAAAGAGGAACAGAAAAGUUUCUCAAGUUUAAAACAUGCUCUGAUGCAAGCCCCCAGUUUGGGCUUGCCAGACUUAGACAAACCUUUUCAGUUAUUUGUGGAUACUAAACAAAAUGUUGCUGUCGGGGUUCUCACCCAAAGGUUAGGAACCUGGCAUCGCCCUGUAGCCUAUCUUUCCAAGCAGCUGGAUCCUGUUGCGAGGGGUUGGCCUGCCUGUCUCAAGGCUGUUGCUGGCACGGCCCUUCUUACUCAAGAGUCGUCCAAGCUCACCUUUGGCCAGGAACUUGAAAUACAAACCCCUCAUGCCUUGAAGGCUGUCUUGGAAACAAAAGGCCAUUUGUGGUUAACCAAUCCCCGAAUGCUUAAAUACCAAGGCCUGAUAACUCACAACCCCAUGAUUGUUCUAAAGCAAUCUACUUCCUUAAAUCCUGCAACUCUCCUUCCUGAACCUGAUCUUGAUGCAGCCCAUGAUUGUAUUCAGACUAUUGGGGAAACAUAUGCCAGCCGCCCUGAUAUGUCAGAUGUCCCACUUCCCCGUCCUGACUAUGUACUGUACACUGACGGCACUAGUUUCCUUCUGGAUGGGGUUCGCAAGGCUGGAUAUGCUGUUGUUACCCUUACUGAUAUAUGGGAAGCCGAACCCCUCCCUCCUGGUACUAGUGCACAGUUGGCGGAGCUCCAUGCUUUAACUAGAGCCCUUGAACUAUCUCAAAAUAUGGAUGUUACCAUUUACACAGAUUCAAAAUAUGCUUUUUUAACUGUUCAAGUCCACGGGGCAUUGUAUAAAGAGAGGGGACUUAUUACAGCAGGAGGAAGGGACAUCAAGUAUGGUCCACAAAUCCUCCGCCUGCUGGACAGUGUUUGGGCCCCUCGUAAGGUGGCUGUCAUGCACUGCAGGGGCCAUCAGAAAUCUCCCUCGGACACACAACUGGGUAACCAUAAGGCUGACCAGGAGGCUCGCCAUGCAGCGUUGCGACCUUUCAACCCGCAGGUGCACUGCCUCGCCUUAUGGGACCCCCCAGAAUCUAUGCAGCCUCAUUAUAGUGCAUCUGAACUUGCCCAAGCCCGUGAACUCGAUGCUUCCCAACAGGGGGGUUGGUGGGUCUUGCCCGAUUCUCGUGUUUUCCUCCCAGGCCACAUGGCCUGGGAUGUGGUUAAUCAGGUCCACGCGCUGCACCUGUGGCUGCCCCUUCUGGUGACACUCCGGAAGCUGUCCCUCUACGAACGGGAGCCGAAGAGGAACCCCCUGCAGGUAUUACUCCGGAGGCUAAUACCCAUCGCACGGGCAACGCUCCUCGCUUCACCCUGCGCUCUGGGAGGCAAGUCCCAUCGGCAUUGCCUUGAUUUCAUGUGCUGGUUUUGCCCCUGCCCCUGUGAUUCCUGCUGCUGUUCCCAUUGUAUUGAUUGUGUUUUGUGUAUUGACUGUGCCCUUAUUUGUGACAUAGUUGUUAUUGAACAAGUUCUUGAGGGAUUCUUCUAUUCCAAUUCCUCUGGCCAACGGGUCUAUACCCUAACGGCAACUCCUACGGUUCUCACAGCCCUUAGUCAACCACCUCUUACAUAUUCCUAUCAUUGGUCUUAAAUGGAUCCCGCUCAGCGCAUUCGUGAGACGGCUUGUAUUCGCCGUGGCCUUUUGCCUUCCAUUUGGGUUGUUAUUGUGCUUUUACUACUCAAUAUCAUUAUUAACUCUCUUUACCUUUAUCGCGUUUUGCUAGGAACAGGGGGGAAGGGGAGCUUGGACUUGGAGGGUCCCCUUUCGCCUCUUGACCAGGGCAAACGCUUCCCCGCGGAGGAUGACAUUUGGACAUGGUUGGGAGGAAAUACGACCCCUACAUUGGUACCAGCACGUUGUCCUUAUUGGUUGAGAAAAAGGCCACGGCCCGAGCCAUGGCCUGGUGGGAAUACCAGAAACUUAUCGAGGAAAGUAACAUCGAAAAUGAAACUUUGCAGUAAUUGUAUUACUUGGCAAAGUCUCAACAGGGGGGAAUGAAGGAGAGCCCCUCAUAUGGUGUAUCCUAACAGUAUGUAUCUUAAAGGCCUUGCUUUUAUAUCAUUUAUAGCGCAUCUAUAAAUGUAUUGCCCUUUCUCCUACAUCUGUACUCCUAGAAGGGAACUUGACAUUUGUAGCAAUCUGUCGUAACUAUAAUGUUGUAACCAUUGUAAUUGUGUAACUGGCACGUAUUGUAUACCCAUAUACUUCUGCUUUUGUACUUUUCCAGGUUACUUCUGUAUUUGUACUUUUCCAGUUUAACUAUCUGUAUGUAUGCAUAUUGAGGAACUGAAGUAUGCUAUGAUCAUGAAACCUAUAAAACCUGCCUCAGGGCGUUGCUCGGGGCUCAGUAUUUGUCAGGUUACUGCACUGGGCCUAUUGCUAGCAAUAUUCAAUAAAGCCUGUUUUCUCUGGA